GGGAUCCUCUCUCUCAGUCGUAUCAACCUCGGCCUUCCCCUUCCUCCUCAAGGAUCGAAACGAGCAGCUGUGGGCGAUAGUGUCGAGCUACAUUGAGUCGGCCCAGGACAGGGGGCAUGACAGUGGGGAUGUGAUCGCGUUCCUUCUAGAGCUGGGAUUCCAUAACAUUGGAACGCCGUACAGCAUGUCAACGCUGACGGGCAUGCAGCAGGAGGUGGUGGAGGAAAUAGCCCAGCUGGGCUUCGUGCUCAUCCAGAAGGGGAGGCACGACCAGUGGUUCAUCCCCACGCACCUUGCAGCUGCGCUCUCCUCCAGCCUAUCAGAAUCUGCCACAUCAGACUCAGAGGGCUUCAUAGUGGUGGAGACCAACUUCAGAGUGUAUGCGUACACGCAGUCCAAGCUGCAGGCAGAGCUUUUAUCACUCUUCAUGAGGCUGGAGUACCGGCUGCCCAAUCUGGUGGUGGGGAUCAUGAACCGAGAGACCGUCAACAACGCACUUGCCCUCGGCAUCGUUGCGGAGCAGAUAGUGCAGUACAUGCGGAAGAAUGCUCAUCCGCUGGUGGCUACGAAGUCCCCUGUGGUGCCCGAGACAUUGGUGGACCAGAUCCGUCUUUGGGAGUUUGAUCGCAAUCGAGUGGCCACCACUGCUGCCGUGCUCUACGACGACUUCCCCACUCAGGUGAUUCUUCAGGUGAUUCCAACAAGUCAGCUGGUAAUGCUUCGCACAGCAACCCUCUUCGCACCUGCUAAGCUCCUCCGGACGGCAGUCUCUGCACCUCUGCUCCGUCCGUUGCGGUCCUCCCCACUUGCGCGAGUCAUCAUGGCCUCGUCCACGCCCAACCCGCUCCUCACGCCGUUCACUCUCCCGGACGGCACGGAGCUCUCAAUGCGCAUCGUCUACGCGCCGCUCACGCGCGAUCGCGCCGUCGGGACCAUCCCGCAGCCGAACGCCGCGAUCUACUACUCGCAGCGCGCGCACAAGGGCGGGUUCAUGCUCACCGAAGCCACGUGCAUCUCGCCCGAGGCGCACGGGUACCCCGACGUGCCGGGAAUUUACACUGACGCGCAGAUCGCGGCGUGGAAGCCGGUGAUCAAGGCGGUGCACGACAAGGGCGCGCUCUUCUACUGCCAGCUGUGGCACGUCGGCCGCGCGUCGCACCAAGAGUACCAGCCUGGUGGCGCCGCGCCCAUGGCUCCGUCCGCCAUUCCUAUCAGUAGCGGGGACAAAGUGUACAUUAGCACUGGCCCCGCCGACUAUCCCACGCCGCGGGCAAUGACCGCUGAAGAAAUCAAGGAGGUAGUGGAGCAGUACCGCGUGGCGGCGCGCAACGCGAUUGAUGCGGGGUUCGACGGCGUCGAGAUACAUGGGGGGAACGGUUACCUGCUGGAGCAAUUCUUGAAGGACGGUAUCAACAAGCGUGAGGACGAGUUUGGUGGCUCCCUGGAGAACAGGCUUCGCUUCCCCCUGCAGGUGAUCAAGGCAGUGGCGGACGAGGUGGGCGCCAGCAAGGUGGGCGUGCGUCUGUCGCCGUACAGCACCUUCCUGGAUGCUUCUGACUCGGACCCAGUGGCCACCUACCUGGGGCUGGUGGAGGCCGUGAACGGCAUGGGCCUGGCGUACGUGCACUUCGUGGAGGCGCGCGUCCAGGGGAACGUGGACCUGGAAGUUGUGGAGGAGACUCUGGAGCCAUUCCGCAAGGCAUUCAAGGGACCCUUUAUCGCGGCUGGCGGUUACAAGCGGGAGACCGGCAUGGAAGCCAUUGAAAACGGGUCGGCGGAUCUGAUCACGUAUGGCCGUCUCUUCCUCGCCAACCCCGACCUCCCGAAGCGCUUUGAGUUGAAUGCGCCGCUCAACGCGUACGACCGAAGCACCUUCUUCAGUGGGGAUCAGGUCAAGGGGUACAUCGACUACCCUUUCCUGGACGAGGAGCCUAAAAAGGCUGAAUAG